CAUUACGCAUCCAGGGGGCGGUGACGCAAGAGUUAACGCAGUUUACUGGAAGUCAGGGGAAGAAGAAAAAAAUGCUCGAAGUGGGACAGAACCAGAACCAUCCAUAAUACCCAUCACAAACAUUUCAUCAGGGAUCCAGCUGGGAGUUACAACUUUGAUUGCGGACAAUUCCGGACGAUCUGUAAACCCCUGAUCUGAGAUAAAGAUGGCAACCGAGAAGACAGAUUACAAUCCCGUUCUGGGUGGACUCUCUCCACCAUCGCUCCCCGGACAGCCAGCGUUUCCUGUCGGGUUUGACAUGAAUAUGCCAGGCCCAAACAUGUAUGGAGCCCCAGCUGCUCCUGGUGGUUUCUCUGCUCCUGGUGGUUUCUCUGCUCCUGGUGGUUUCCCUGCGCCUGGUGGCCUACCUUUCCCUCCACCGACUGCCUUCGGACCGGGUGUUUCUGGUGUACCCGGUGGUCUACCUUUCCCUCCACCGACUGCCUUCGGACCGGGUGUUUCUGGUGUACCCGGUGCACCCGGUGGUCUGCCUUUUCCUCCACCAACUGCCUUUGGACAGCUACCUCCAGGAGCUUUCGGGGUGUCAAACCCACAAAGCGGUCCACCAGGAUAUGGUGACAAACCCUCCUCUUCACCGUACUCUCCACCAGACCAGGGCGGUAUUGGCAGCUACAGUGAUGAUGUCUACCACCAUGAGGAGGAACCACCACCCUUCCAUGAGAACCAAGAUUUUGAUUUUGGAUUAGACAACAAGAGCAUUAGGAGAGCCUUCAUUCGAAAGGUGUUCUUGGUCCUGACCGCUCAGCUGAUGGUGACAUUUGCCUUUGUGGCUGUUUUCACCUUUGUGGAUCAUGUCAAGCUCUUUGUCAAAAUGCACACCUGGACCUACUUUGUGUCCUACGGGAUAUUCUUUGUUUCGGUCUGUGUUAUCAGCUGCUGUGGAAGUGUUCGUCGAAGACAUCCUUGGAACCUGGUUGCAUUAUCCGUCCUGACUCUAGCCAUGUCCUACAUGGUGGGAAUGAUCGCCAGCUUCCAUGAAACUGAAAGUGUGGUCAUGGCCGUGGGCAUCACAGCAGUUGUGUGCUUCACUGUGGUCAUCUUCUCUCUGCAGACCAAGUAUGAUUUCACUUCCUGUUAUGGCGUGCUUUUCGUCUGCUUAAUUGUGCUGAUCCUCUUCGGCAUCCUCUGCAUCUUCAUCCGUGACAGAAUUCUGCACAUUGUGUAUGCUGGACUGGGAGCUCUGCUGUUCACUUGCUUCUUGGCAGUGGACACACAGCUGCUGCUUGGCAACAAGGAAAUGUCCCUGAGCCCAGAGGAAUACAUCUUUGCUGCUCUUAACUUGUACAUGGAUAUCAUCAACAUCUUUCUCUACAUUCUUUCCAUCAUUGGAAGGGCCAGGGGCAGUUAAACAGGAAGAACGCAAGAUUUGAUAUUUGAAGAAUUUCAUUUUCUUUGAGUUCAUGUUUAGAAGUGAGUUUCCAUAAUCUAUCUUGUCUUGUAGUGUGUUCCAAUCACAGAGUUUCAGAUAUGUUUUAUUCACGCUGUAAGUUUUUUUCUAAUAUUAUAUAAAUAGAUGUCUAUGUUGUGUUUUGAGGUUUUAUUUUAAUCCUGUGCUGUGGUAUAAGAAUCACUUUGAACAGUAUAAUGAACUUGGUAGCAGGUAUGGUUUCAUCAGUUUCACUUUGAGGGCUGUUGGGUUUUUCCAUGUAAGCUACGUCAGUAGAUGAGGACCUUUAUUCUCUAAACAAAUCAGAUAAGCUUGUAAGUGGACCUUGACUUUUUUUAAUCAAACUUCUAUCUUCAAGUUCAAGAUUUAUCUUUUAUGCUUAAACUGUAAGCCUGCUGUGAUAAGACAAGCUAACUGUGCACUAGAUGGAUCCCCAACAACUGCUGAACUUGAACAUCAACAAAUCCAUUGCCAUGAAAACAAAACAAAUGGCAUCAGCAGGGAAAGACAAUAAAGUAUAAACAAAAGCUAGACCUUUUUUGGACAUUUUUAUGAAGCUUCUUUUUUCAAGUUAAAGAGUAAUCUUUAAUAACGUUUUUUCUUAAAUUCCAUCUCUGUAGUUUGUAUUGAGUGCAAGAGUCCUUCCAAAACAUCUUUGUUAUUUUGUUGUGAUUUGAUUUGUGUUUCUUUUACUAAGAAAGCUUUGGUCAAUUGUUGCUCAGCUUUUUCAUUGGGAGCCUCAAAAUGGACCCUGAGCAAGCCGCCACUGCCUUGCUGUCAAAAAGCAAAGAGCUAGAGCAGGAAAAUAGUCAGUUGAGGUCGAAGCUGGUGAGGUCGAUGCUGGGUUUCAACGAGGAAAAAGCAGACCUGAACACCAGGACGCAGAACUUCAGGGAUGACACUUGUGAGGAAUUACCAGGUAUUGCAGUUUUUUUUUCUGCCACUAGAUGGCAGCCAGGCUGUGGUUAAAGUUAUAAGGACACUGGUAAAUGGAAUAUUAAUGGCCUUUUAAAGGAACUAUUCAAACACAGAACUAGUCCUUUAAUCAGGUCAGUUUCAUUGCUGUCUGAUUACAGAAGUAAUGUCUGCAUUUUGUUGUACUUUGUUGAUGUAUCUUUAUUCCUUUGAUAAAGACUUCUUCAGGUGUCAAGCCUUAUAAUGGACUAUUUGCAUUUCCAUGUCAUAGUUACAGUUAAUGGGAUGAAUCUGAUCAAGUUUCCAAGCAAUAACAUUUUAAAGAAACAUAUGUAAAUUACGAUCUACUUAAGAUCAGUCUGAAUUAAAUAACCUAUGAUUCUGUCAAAACAAGUCAAAAUGAUGUACAAUGCAUGAAGUAAAAUAACUCAAAAUCAGUCAAAAAUGAAACUUAUAACUGCAGAUAAGUUCUGUCUACUUAGGAUGUUAAGCAGAUCAUUUUUAUUGUAGCUUUGAUUUUGGUACAGAAAAAUCCCUUUGAGGACCAUAAGGUAUACAGACAGGUCACAGCAGUAAUAGAUCAGGGUUUUAUUGAAAAGCCUUAAAAGUAAGCAAAAAUAUAUUGAGACCCUGUUGUAAAUAACAGUCCUGUGCAGCUUCUGACCUAAAGCUCCUGUGAGGAUAUCUCUGAUUGUGUUGAUUUUGGUGUCCCCAAAUGUGAAUGCUGCUUAUCUUCUAGGCAUUAAAAAUGAUAAAACAGAUACUGUCAGUCUUUUUGUCUGUUUCAUAGCCAGUUACAAACCCCUCACAGGAGCUUUUAGAAAAAGAACUUGGCACAUUUUUUCAUAUUCUUGUUAGUAAUUGACUUUUCACUCCUUACCUCUGUGAGUUUUCACUGUGAGAAGAUAAACGUAUGUAAGUUAUUGUGUCUUUAAAGCAUCCACUCUGCUCUUCAUUGUUGAGGAUUAAAAAUAACUUCAUAUGUUUCAUCAGUUUGCUCAACCUCAGGAAGAACACCAACCUGCUCUUUUUGGCAAAAGACCUGUGAUGAGAGAAACUUCAGCAAAAACUUGCAGCUGUCAAAAGUCAAAAAUGAAGCCCGAACCUCGUCUCCCAUUGACUUCAAGUCUUUCCUCCUGAGCUCGAUGCACACUGACACCAGUGAGAAGGCAGAGUCUCGAAGCUGCCAGACAGAUGUUUCUCUGAAUGUUGAAGAUGAAUCCAGGAUCCUGGGAGAGGUUGCCUUCCAGCUGGACAGGAGGAUUCUCUCAUAUGUCUUUCAGGGCCGUAGGAGGCAUUAUGGUUUCACUCUGAUCAACAUACCAGACAAGAUCAGAGAGGUCAGCACACAUUCACUGACAGGGAAGGUAGAUGACGGCUAUCGGCUUUACCUCACUCAGAGGUAUACUGACCUCAUGGAGAGGUUGAGUCAGCUCGGGUUUAAAACAGCCCUUCACCCUUUCUUUACUGAAUUUAUUGUCAACACCUUUGGGAUCCUAAGAGAGAGGCCUGGUGUACACAGCAUAUGCAAUAAUCCAGACUUUCUGAUGAAGGCUAUAAUGACCAUAGCACCUAAAAAACUUCAGGAGGAUCUGAUGCUUGUGCUCGCCUGCCUUUGCGACAUGGCCCAGAAGGAUGGAGACCAUCUUCUUUUAUGGUAGAUGUAACUGUACUCCCCUCUGAAAGACUGCAGAGAAAUAAAGAGUGAGAAAAUACAACA